AUGUCAUCAGGAAAAAGAUUAGGAUUUAAAUUCAAUCAAAGAAACGUCAAAGACAGAACUAGAUUCAGUGGAGAGACAGAUCAAUCACCCAUUUCGUUUAGUGAUGACAAUGAGACCAUUACAAGAGUAGAGAGAUCUAUAGGUGACGAUUUCCCCAGUGUCAGAGUUGUUGGUGACACUGCCAUACCAUGUUCUACUUUGCAGUUACAAAAAGAGACAACUUGUGGAUGUAGUUGUUGGUGGGACUUUAAAAUUCAAAAGAAUCAUGGCUUUAUAGAGAUUGGCAUCAUUGGUACAUCUGCUACUGGCGAUAGAGUAUAUUUUCUAAAACCAACAAAGAAAGAGGUACAAUAUGAAGAGAAUGGAGACUAUAAAACUCAACCAUAUGGAGAUGAUAUUUUCGAGGAGGGAGAUAACAUUCGAGUCAUUUUCAAAGUAUCAUCCAACAGUGCUGGUGGCUCUUUAUCAUUUGAAAAGAAUGGCAAAUCUUUUGGCACUGCAUUUGGUGAGAUUCCCUUGAUAGAUGGCCACCCAUUUUAUCCAAUGGUUGGAUUAAAUGAUCAAGGUGAUUCAAUCUCAAUCGUCUAA